UGUUCUUGAUGACUAGUGGUGAGCUAAGUAUGUAAGGUGCAGGUGGAACAACAGACAGCGCCUAUGGCCACAAUUUGACAUGAUUUUGAACAAAUUUUAAUACCUCUUCUUCUAGUUAACCUUUUUUGUCAGCAUAAGGGAAGGAAACUCACCCUCAAUGCCUCUAGGAGGAGUCAAGGAUCGCUUAUUGGGAUUUCUUCCAGGAAGGGUGCAACAUGAUGAUGAGUGGCGAACUGUUUUUGUACUUAAUAAGUAUCCUAGCAAUGACACAGAGGUUGAAGUCAAGCAGAAGAGAUAUGCUAACAAUGUAAUUGUUACAUCAAAGUACACAAUAUUGAAUUUUGUCCCAAAGAAUUUGUUUGAACAGUUCCGUAGAAUUGCAAACUUUUACUUCCUCUGCAUUGGUGUGAUUCAGCUCUUAAUUGACAGCCCUGUGAGUCCAGUGACCAGUAUUCUUCCUCUGGUCUUUGUGAUAACAGUCACUGCCAUGAAACAGGGUUAUGAAGACUGGCUUCGUCAUAAGGCAGAUAGAGAGGUUAAUAACAGACCAGCCAAGGUCAUCAGGCAAGGACAGGUGGAAGAUAUCCCUUCCAAAAAUGUCAAGGUUGGUGAUAUUGUUCAGGUAUUAGAUGAUGAAGAGAUUCCUUGUGAUCUUGUGGUGCUGUCCUGUGAUGACCCAGAUGGAACAUGUUAUAUCACAACUGCAAAUCUUGAUGGUGAAACAAAUCUCAAGGUGCGUAAUGCAUUGUCUGAUACAGCAGGAAUGCAGUCUGCUGAGCAGCUCUCUCAUUUGAUUUCACAUGUGGAAUGUGAGCACCCAAAGGAAGAUUUGUACAGUUUCUCAGGUCGAAUGGUAGUGACACCCAGAGGGGGUGGAGAAUCAGUACUCAAAGCCUUAGGUCCACAGAAUCUGCUUUUGAGAGGAGCUCGGUUAAAGAAUUCCACAUACACUUUUGGUGUUGCUGUCUACACUGGCAGGGAAACAAAGAUGGCCCUCAAUCAGCAGCAAGGGGCUCACAAGUUUUCAACAGUAGAGAAGACAAUGAAUGUGUUCCUGAUUGUUUUCCUUAUCGUGCUGCUGAGUCAAGGAGCUCUGUGUGCUGGUCUGAUGUUCUGGAAACAAGGUACACCAUCAGGGAAGCCAUCCUAUAUCUAUCAAGAAGAACUUAAAAUCACAUUCACAGGUUCUAAUGGUGUACUGGAUACAUUUCUUGUAUUUCUUAUUCUGUACAAUUACGUCAUUCCCAUCUCACUGUAUGUUACAGUUGAGCUUCAAAAGUUUAUUGGGGCAUUGUUUUUUGCUUGGGAUCUUAAAAUGUACUUGGAGGAAACAGAUGAGCAGGCCAUUGCCAAUACAUCUGACCUGAAUGAAGAACUAGGACAGAUCGAGUAUGUGUUUACUGACAAGACAGGAACACUUACUGAAAAUGAUAUGCAGUUCAGAGAAUGUUCUAUAAAUGGUUACCAAUAUGUGGAGUUAAACAGUCAGUUAUUUGUGGCAGAUCAAACAGAUGGUGCUUGUGUUUCUGCUCAAAGUGUCUCUUCAGAAGUUAUGCAGUUCUUCUUGGCACUGUCCCUUUGCCAUACUGUUCAAGCCUCCAAGGAGACCAAUCAAGAUUCUAUCUAUGAUUAUCGGUACCAGGCUUCAUCUCCUGAUGAAAAAGCUUUAGUGGAAGCAGCUGUAAGAUUUGGAGUCACCUACCGAGGAAAGAUCGGUGAUGAUAUCGAAGUCAAAGUUGAUGAUGUGAUUGAAAGGUACACACUUCUUCAUGUUCUUGAAUUUGAUUCAACAAGAAAAAGAAUGAGUGUUAUCGUUAAGUCACCGAGAGGUGAGCAUGUGAUGCUAGUGAAGGGAGCUGAGACUGCUGUGCUGGAUCGACUGGCGUCUGGACCCAAAGAUAUUACUCUUGAUCAUGUGAAUGAAUAUGCCGAGAAAGGACUGCGGACAUUAGCUGUUGGUCGUAGAGUGCUUUCUGGAGAAGAAUAUGUUGUUAUUAAUGCUAAGAUCAACAAGGCCAAACAAGCAAUUCUUGAUAGAGAAGAACAGCUUGCACGUGUUUAUGAUGAAGUGGAGAGAGAUUUUCACAUCCUUGGAGCAACGGCUGUUGAAGAUAGAUUGCAGGAUGGAGUCCCGCAAACAAUAGAAGCCUUGCGUGAAGCAGGGAUCAAGGUGUGGGUUCUUACUGGAGACAAGCAGGAAACAGCAGUCAACAUCAGUCACUCAUGUGGACAUUUCAAGGCGGGAAUGGAAAUGAUGUUUGUCACAAAGAAGCAGUCGGAGAGAGAAUGUCAAGAAGAGCUUGUUAGCUGCCAUGACAAGAUUCAACGCCGACCGCCCACAGACAGUAGGCAGUAUGCUUUAGUUAUCGACGGUGUUAGUUUGUCUCAUGUUCUUCGGGGCUGUUCAGAAUUGUUUGAAGGAAUCUGUCAAAAAUGUGUUGCUGUAUUGUGCUGUAGAAUGUCGCCUUUACAGAAAGCUCAGAUUGUCCAGUUAGUAAAGAGCUCCUGUGAAAAGCCGGUGACUCUUGCCAUAGGUGACGGUGCUAAUGAUUGUGGUAUGAUUCAAGAGGCUCAUGUGGGUAUCGGUAUCAUGGGAAAAGAGGGUCGGCAGGCGGUCAGGACAAGUGACUACGCUGUGGCUAGGUUCAAAUUUCUACGGAGGAUACUGUUGGUGCAUGGCCACUAUUAUUAUGUUAGAGCUGCAGUUAUGGUGCAGUACUUUUUCUAUAAGAAUGUGUGUUUCAUCACACCACAGUUUUUCUACGCAUUUUUUACCUCUUUCUCCGGUCAGCCGUUGUACCUCGCAUUCUUUUUAACCGCUUACAACAUUUUCUUCACGUCGCUUCCCAUUUUUGUCUAUGGCAUAUUUGAGCAGAAUGUCAACGGUGACGCAUUACAAAGUCAGCCGCACUUAUAUAGGGAUAUAAGUAAGAAUUAUCGCUUAUCAUGGACAGAAUUCUUCUUUUGGGUAAUGUCUGGUUAUUGGCACGCAUUAGUAUUCUUUUUUGGAUCGUACUUCUUCUUUCAAGGCGACGCAAUAGGACCUGCCAUGUUGCAAUAUGGGAACUGGUCAUUUGGAACGUUUGUGUUUACUGUUUGCGUCAUAGUCAGUAAUCUCAAGCUGGCACUGGUUACACAUUACUGGACAUGGAUGACUCACGUUUCUACAUGGGGCUCCAUCAUUCUGUUUUUCGUGUCCACCAUCACAUAUAACAGUGAGACUUGGAAGGGUUUCCAGCUAGCAUUCAGUGACGUGAUAUCAUUAGACAUGUACAAAUUAUUCUACCAACUGUUGUCCCAAGGAGUGGUAUGGCUGGCCAUAUUGUUACUCAUCUUCAUGGCUCUUUUACCUGAUAUCUUCUUCAUGCUCGUUGGUCGACAAUUUUAUCCUUCAGAGACACAAAGAGUACAGGCUGAUCGUUGUCCAGCAAACAAACACAAAAAGAGUUCAGUGGCUAACUGUAGUGAAACAAGCAACAACAAAACAUGUGAAUCAAUGGUGAUACUCGACUAUGAGCAGGGAAGUACUGUCACGCUCACCAGUGUGAAGCAGUAACCAGCUGCUGGUUACUUUUUGUCAACUGUACUUCAAACGCAGCCGCUUUUCGCGUAAAUCCACCAGCCGAGCGAGAGCUUGGUCUAGUGUUCAUGGGAAGGGAGGACGAUCACAUAUUAGAACCUUACAUACACGUCAUAUUUACUUCUUAAGCAAAGGUUUUCACCGAAAACAUGAAGUUAGGUAGCUAAUUUUACUUAAAAGCAGCUACACUCAUGUUGAUCAGUCUAAUCGAAUAAAAGUGCAAUAAAGCCUUAGUUCCUAGAGCACCGAUAGUUUUUUAAAUAAAUUGAUUCGCACUUAGGAAAAAAACAUUAAGUAGGUAAUUUCAUCUUUUAUUACACCCAUUUUGAAAUCAUUGGUGGUCCCUGUAAUGUGAUUGGCUCUAAUUGAUGCAAUUUACUCACGAAUCACACCAAUUUUUGCUUGAAAUCGCAUCUUUUUCUCAGCUAAUGAGGAGGCUACACUAAAAACACAACCACCAAUCAGAUUUCAAGGCUUGUUUAAAGUAACCAAUCAAAUUGCAGGAAAAUGAAUGACAAAGAGUAUAUCAUGUGGCAAAUUUUGCAACUUUUGUUUCCAAACUUUUACUUUUUCCCCCCAAAAAUGGAUGAAUUAAUUUCAGACCGGCUCAGUACUGCAUCAAUAAAAUAUUUGAACUUACCAAGUACUGUAUUUGGGCGAUUUCAAAAUGGAUGUAACAAAGUGGUAAUUGAACCUCGUGUCGUGCAAUUUUGGUCUGAAAUCAUACUUGUGAUUUCAAAUCACGUGUAUGAUUUCCGCCCAAAUUGCAUUCCACUCAGUUCAAUUUCCACUAUUAAUAUGCUCCAAAUCUUCGUCACAGUAAACGUUUGACAAGUUUUAGAGGAGUUCUAGAUUACACCAACAAAGUAAGGUUCUGUAUAAAACAGUGAAAACUUCGAAGGUGGCUGAAAUUAGAUUUUGAAGUUAAGUAUUGCUAACCCACACUUUAUCCAACUGGUUUCCUUUAUAUCUCCUUCUACCUUCUUUUUAUUUGUUAUUCACACCCUUCCCUCUAUAGAGCAAAACUUUUACCGGACUCAACAUUGCAAGGCCGUGAAUUGUUGUAAAUCUUGAUAACUAGGAUCGCGUUUGAAUUAUAGGUAUCAACAAGAAAGGAUAAGGCCAUCAUUGAUGUUGGAAUAUGUAUGUGAACGAAAACAACAACUUGGCUUUCCAUUUAUUUAUAAAAUACAAAUAUUGAUGAACCGAUAAGAAUAAUAGGGAUUGUAUUUAUAUAACUUAAUUAGAAAAUAGCUGCAUUUUUUAUACAUAUUCCCUUCAAAAUGAGGUAAACACUGUUAAAAAACAUAAUUAAAGCAAA